AAACCCCACUACUUAUUAACCAUAUGUUCAUGACCCCAUCAAAUAAUAUAUACUAUUAUAUAUAUGAUUUUCAAAGGCAGUGCUUGGAAUUUCAAAGUUGGAGACAAUUCCAAUUCUCGUUUCCCUGUUUAUGCUUCUUUUCCAAGUCGUGCAUUGUUUGCUUGGUCAGAAAGUCAGACCUUUUAACAGGACAAGUCUUUCUUUUCUGUUGCCUCAUCAUCUCUGUCUUUCUCUCCAUAAAGGGUUUCAUUUCUUUCUGUCUGAGCUUCUGAAAAUCAUCGAGCCUUAUUCUUACAUGUUCCCACUUUCAGUUGGUUGAGUUCAGUUCGAUUCUUACUCUGUUUCUCUCAACAAAAUAUUAUAAAAUAAAAUUACCCACUUCGGUUCAUUGAAUCUGAGGCCAUUUGAUUCACUUUUCUAUCAUAGAUUACAAAAGUAUACUUGGGUUUUUCAGUAUUGGCAUCACUAAAUCGGUUAUUAGUUCUUAUGGUUUCUGGGUUUUGGAGUUGGACCUGACAUAACUGAGAUUCUCUUUUCUCAGGGCUCUUCAUUUGAUUUGACUUUAAAGGGUGUCUAUUGUCAACCCUUUCUGGCUCUAUUUUGGCUGAGUAGUUUGGUUUUUUGAGCUCUGGAUUUUUUUUUUGUCUUAAUCAAUGGAUGGGUCACAAGGUAGCUCUACUGCACCAGCACCAUUUCUAACGAAAACAUAUGAACUGGUUGAAGAACCAUUGACUGACAACAUUGUGUCUUGGAGUCAAAGUGGUUGCAGUUUUGUGGUAUGGAAUCCAACUGAGUUUUCUAAAGAUUUGCUUCCUAUGUAUUUCAAGCACAAUAACUUUUCCAGCUUCGUGAGGCAACUUAACACUUAUGGGUUUAGGAAGAUUGAUCCUGACCAAUGGGAGUUUGCAAAUGAAGAUUUCAUUAGAGGGCAGAGACAUCUUCUGAAGAACAUUCAUAGGCGCAAACCGAUUCAUAGUCAUUCGAUGCAAAAUCAAGGGAAUUGUGCUCCUUUAACCGAUCCAGAAAGAUAUGAAUAUGAGAAAGAAAUUAAGAGACUAAAACAUGAGAAGAAUUCUCUUCAGUUGACACUACAGAUGCAUGAAAGAGAGAAACAAGAGUUUGAGCUUCAAAAACAGGCGCUAAAUCAGCGAUUCCAAACCAUGGAACAGCGCCAGAUGCGGCUGAUGGCCUCCUUGGCUGAAAUAAUGCAGAAACCAGCAUUUGCAUCUAUACUUAUGCAACAAUCAGAUAACCACAGCAAAAAGAGAAGGCUAUUGAGCUCUAGUAACCAUUCUGAUGAAUCCAAUAUGGACGAAAUCUCGAAUUGGAAUCCAAAAGACACAAAUUUUGAUAGAAUGUCAGCUCAAACAACAAAGUUCGACCCCAUUGAGAAGCUGGAAGGGUCUAUAGGGUUCUGGGAGAGUUUUCUGUACAGGAUUGGUGAAGAGUUCAACAGUGUGGGAGUGUUCUCACAGGUCUCUCCUAUCAUUGACACAGAAAUAGACUAUGUUGAGGUCAAUUGCAGAUCAAGUUCACCUAUGUCACAUCUAUCUUCACCAAAUUCAUUUGAUGUUCAUUCAUCUCCUGAGGCGCCUGGCUCGGCCAAUCAUCUUGACAUUGGCAAUAUAUUUUCAGCAUGUCUUGAUGUUGACACGACACCAAAAUCUUCAGGGCUCGAUAUGAACUCGAGCCCUGCUUGUGCUAUUGAAGUUGAGGCCUCUAAAGAAGAAGAUGUUGGUGUAACUGAAGCUUUGCCUGCUAAAGUAAAUGAUCUCUUCUGGGAACAAUGCUUGACAGAGACCCCUGGUUCUUCUGAUUUACAUGAAAUCCAGCCAGAGAGAAAUGAAACCGAAGACAGUGCGAGCGGAAGCCAGGCUGCAAUUCACAGGGCAGAUUGGUGGAGCAUGAAUAGUAAUGUUAAUAACAUCGCAACUCAAAGAGGGCAUCUCACUUCAGCUAUCUAAUGUUUAGUUUAGUGUCAUCUCAACAUUUGAUAGUUCUGAUAGUUGGUUGUAUAAUAUAGUGAUGAGACUAUGUUGAGAAGGCAGAUAGGUUUCAGGCAUUACAUUUUUGUAGCAAAAAGACUUAGACAUAUUCAUUUGAUUUUAUGUAAGUAUAUGAACUAUGAUGUUAGAUUGUAAAGAUUAAUCUUUUAGACUUGUUCUACCCUUUUUCUUUCUUUCA